AUUUUCAACCCCAACUCUCGCCUCCACCACAAUUGGGGUUAAAAUUCAAUUCGCAUCUUCUUCUUCGAGUGAUUGGAGAUUUUACAGUAAUUGUGGAUGACAAAUGAGAUAACAAAUCAAGCUGAUAUUUCGAAUCUCGGGAUGAUCUCCAUGACGUUCAAUAAAUUGGGGGGGAGGAUAACGCAACAUAUAUAAAUACUAUCCGUCGACAACGUAUUAUAGAUAUCCCAAAAAUAAAGAACCGCCACACACAUUUCAACCAUCACCCAUAACCAUCAUGUCCAACCAAACCGUCCUCCGUCUCCCCCAGCGAGACAGCUGGUCCAGACUCACCUCAUCCACCGAGCCCUGUCCGCAAGCCUCCAAACACGAAGUUCUCAUCAAGAUCCGCAGUGUUGCCCUAAACUUCCGCGACAUUGCAAUCGCAACAAGCCAAUACCCUUUCCCCGUGAAAGACAAUGUCGUCCCUGGUUCUGAUGCAGCCGGAGACAUCGUCGAAAUCGGCGAGGGUGUCUCGGGGUUUGAAAUUGGUGAUAAGGUCGUCAUCGCCUUUGACCCUUCCUCUCUGUAUGGCCCUAUUAAGACUUGGGGUGGAGGAUUGGGCGGGCCUAUCGACGGCGUUCUCAGGGAGUACAUUGCGGUUCCAUACCAUUCAGUGAUUAAGAUCCCUGCUACGUCCACUCUGAGUUAUGCGCAGUGGGCGAGCGUUGUCUGUACCGGUGCUACAGCUUGGAACUCGCUGUACGGUGCCAUUCCUAUCCGCCCUGGACAAACGGUUCUUUUCCAGGGAACUGGCGGCGUCUCUAUAACCGGACUCGUCCUCGCCAAAGCCGCUGGCGCAACAACAAUCAUCACCUCCUCCUCAGACGCGAAGCUCCGACACGUCAGGGAAAAGUACGGCGUUGACCACACAAUCAACUACAAAACCACCCCCGACUGGGCCACCGAGGCGCAGCACAUCACAAACGGACAAGGGGUAGACUAUAUCUUCGAGAACGGCGGAUCGGGUACAAUCAAGCAGUCGAUUAACGCCAUUGCAUUCGGCGGCGUGAUUUCAGUGAUUGGGUUCCUUGCGUCUGCGAGCCAGGAGGAGAUGCCUGAUGUUGCAGGACUGGCGUUGAGCAAGGGUGCUAUUGUGCGUGGGAUCAUGAUUGGGUCGAAGCAGUUGCUUGAGGAGGCCGUUAGGUUUAUUGGGAAUAGAGAUCUGGAUGUUCCUGUUGAGAAGACGUUUGAAUUUAACCGGGAGGAAGUUGUCAGUGCUUUUGAGUAUUUGACUAGUGGGCAGCAUGUUGGAAAGGUUUGUAUUGAGUUUUAAGUUAUUGGGUGGCUGUUUAUUCUGUUAAGUUGGGGGAUGUCUUAUAUAGUUGAGAGCUUUAUUCAAUAUAUGGCCUAAGACUGUAUAGAAUCCGAAUACCUCAAAGCAAAGGCUGUGAAAAUAGAUUUAUAGUGGAGAAAUAUAAGCUGAA